UGAUUAACGUUUAUGACGGACCAAACCCUUCACGUGAAAUUAGCAAUAAAAAAAGGGGGACUUAAAUUAAUGGAAGAAUUGAAGUGUGGUUAGUUCUCUCUCUCUCUCUAACUCUCUAAAGGCGGGGUCGAGUCUAAGGGUGUCAACCAGAAGACUCACGCACUACUGCAAGUCGCCACCUGCCUUUUGUCUUCAUACUCUUUGGUUUUCAAACGAUUCCUUUGUGGAGAAGAGAAAGAGAGGAAAAUAAAUAUGGUUGGAAGUAAUUGUGAUGAGAAGAUGGCAGUCAUCUCUUCCACUGCAAAUGAAUGGCCACUGCAUCAUCAUCAGAAGAAUCAGAUAGAUGGCAGAAGCUUGAUGGGGUCGAGUGGUGCUAGGGUUAUGGAGAAACCAAUGAACGGCCAAGAUCAAGCGUUGCCGCCGCCGCCGCCGAACCAACAAGCUCUGAAAUGCCCACGUUGUGAUUCAUCCAACACUAAAUUUUGUUACUACAAUAAUUACAGUUUGUCUCAGCCCAGGCACUUCUGCAAGGCUUGUAAGAGGUACUGGACUAGAGGGGGGACCUUGAGGAAUGUUCCGGUGGGGGGAGGGUGCCGGAAGAACAAGCGAAUCAAGAGGCCAUCGGCGGCGCCGCCGUCAGCUUCAUCGUCAGCUACCCAUGAUCACCAUAUCUCAGCUUCUUCAUCUUCAACUCCAAAUCUGCAAGUGCAAGCCCAGAUGGAUCAUCAUCAUAUUAAUCCUUUGCUUUAUGGGCUUCCCACUAGUACCCCUUCUGAGCUAGGCCUCUCGUUCCCAAGAUUGUUCAGCUCUAGGGUUUCAAACUUUGAGGGUACCAUUUCCGGAUAUGAUCAUCAUCAUCACCAUAUGGGAUUAGGGUUUUCUUCUUCUUCUCCUUCUGGACUUUUGGGUGGUGAAAAUGGGUUUGCUAAUAAUACCUCAAAUAAUUCUCUUCUUUCUAGCUACCAUGGCGGCUCUUCUUCUAGCUCCACUUCAACUUUGGCUUCUUUGAUUGCUUCAAGCCUUCAUCAAGGGGCAAACAAUAAUGGGUUUCAUGGGUUGUCACCAUAUGGAGAGAUGCAAGUGGGAAGUGGGAAUAUGGGCAGUGGGGAAAUGCCAAAAGAAGUGAAAAUGGAAGGUGAUGGUCAAAACAGGUUAAGUAAUUGGAAUAAUAAUAAUGGUUUGUCUAGCCACUAUCAGAUCAUGAACCAGACAGGACAGAUCAACACUUCUUCUUCUGAUAAUCCUUCACUUCCAUGGAAUAAUGGUGGUUCUUGGUUUGAUCCUUCUAAUAUAGGAUCUUCAGUCCCUUCAAUUCUCUGAUAUGAUCUAUCUUUUCUAGCUUCCUGGCUUGAUCUUGGUUAUCUCCCUCUUUCAUUAACUUUGGGUCUCUUUACUUUUUUUUUUUCCUUUUGCUUUUUUGGUUCAUCUUUCUUUCUACCAUAUUUGAAGGCUACAGCAACAGAUGGGGGUCAAAAGGGGAAUAUAAAAAUUUCAAGGUUUCAUACAUAGAUAGAUGGGAGGAGAUUGGAUCUGAGUGAUCAUGUCAGCUGCAACAAAUAUAUAUAUUCUUCAGCCUGUAUGUUAAUUUUUGCUAACAGAGGUUGAACAAAAAUUAAAGUUGGAAUCUUUGCGCUGAGAGGAACCUCAGAUCCUUUUAUUAUUCCCGUCAGAUCAAGAAUCAGUCGCCGGCCGGCCGCCGGAAGAGUUAAAUUUGGGAAACAACUUCUAAUUCAAGUGAGUUAUUAGUUAGUUUGAAUUAAUAUUCCUAGCUAUAUGUAUAUAUGCAUUACGUAUAUUUCAAUUCUCUAAGUACUGUUUCAAUCUGUGUAUUAGGUCUGGGGGUUUUACUUGUUGGACUCCUCGUAUAACACAAGAACUUGUAACGAGGAACCCAUUAACCUUUUUUUUUUUUUUUUUUUUCUUUUCUUCUUUUUCUCAUUUUCAAGAUUCUUGUUAUAGUUUAGGGGAAUGGGUGGGGGUAUAUUGGUAUAGCAGAGAGAGAAAGAGGGAGACUUUGUUAAUUGGAUAUGGUACUACGUUAUUAAGAACACGCUGCCUUAUGUUUUA